CCCCAAGCCUCCCCUAAUAAUAUUUAUCCCGAGGCAGCAUAAAUAUCAUCAUCUCCGCACACCUCCCUCCCGUGGCCCCCCCUCACCCUGCUUACUUCUACAAAGAGCUGCUUUCCACAGCCCCAAUUCUUCCUCCUUCCGUCUCUCACCCUCUCACCACCACCCCCUCCGCCCUCAUCCUCCCCCCAAAGCUUCUCACAUGCCAAUUGCUCUCCCGCCGUUUCCAAUCCAUUCUGUUUCCGCAGCCACGAAUUGACUGCUGGAUCCCAUUCCGGAGCUUCGAAAUCAAACGGCUUCCGGCUUUCUGCUUGCAUCGAACGAGCCAACUUCCGAGCAAGGGAAAGAAAGAAAAAACACCUCGAUCGGAAACAUCCCCCCCCCCCCAAACGUCGACAUAGUGGGCUCUCGGAUCGUCGGAGUGAAGAUUAUGGAGAACUUUUCGUCGGCCCUCCCCCGAAUAGGUACUUUGGGAUCAACCCCUGGCCUUCACGGACCGGCCCCGUCUCCCAGUGGGAGCUUCGACAUGGGUGGGUUCCCGGGUUUUGAUAUUGUCCAAAGAUUGCUCUUGAGGUUCGGAUUGGAUCCUAGCCUGUUGGUCACAUUGGGCAUGUCACUUACACUCUUGACAUCGCUGCUGUCGUUCUUUACAUACUCAUUCGGCUCGCUUACCACCAUAACACGAUUCAUGUCGGCAAAUCUGGUGUCCUCGGCGACUAUCCAUUCCUCCGAUGUCACGUACCUCUACAUAAUGAGAUGGCUGGCCACGCACAAAAUCUCGACCGAUUGCCGGCUGUUCUGCGUGACCUCUCGCAAGAACCCCCAGAGCUACGCCGUAAGACGGUACAGCUCCUACGCUCCCUAUGGAGAUGGCAACAGGGCGUGUCAGGAGGACGACGAGGAUGGAGACGACGACGGGGGCUGUGAAGAUGAUUCCCUGGGGCCCAAGCUAAAAUACACCCCAGCUCCCGGCUUUCUCUAUUUUUGGCACGGGGGACGACCGAUAAUUAUCAACAGAAAAUUAGAUUUAUCGUACUACACCGGCGACAUACCGGAUGAGACGAUUAUCCUCACGACAAUAGGUCGGUCGCCGUCUUUUCUGCGAGAUAUCCUCAAUGAGGCCAGACGGGAUUAUCUCCAGGCCCAGUCCCGCAAGACGAUGGUGUACACGCUCUCGCCAACACCCUUCGCUCAGAAGACCUGGGACCAAGGUCGACACCGCCCUUCGCGCGACAUCUCGACAGUCAUCAUGCCUCCGGAGCAAAAGGAAUUUCUCCUGCAAGACGUGAAGGAAUACUUGAAUCCGCAUACGAUGAGGUGGUACGCUCAGCGUGGACUGCCAUACCGCCGUGGAUAUUUGUUUUACGGGCCACCCGGAACGGGAAAGACCAGCCUGAGCCUCGCCCUUGCUGGGGAAUUGAAACUGCCGUUGUAUAUCCUUAGUCUUUCGACUGGAUCACUGACCGAUGAAACCCUCACGAUGCUGUUUGUUGGAUUGCCGAGGAAGUGUAUCGUUUUGCUGGAGGACAUCGACUGCGCUGGGGUCCACCGCAGUGGUGGCCAUACGAAUGACUAUGAGUCUGAUUCUUCCGAUGACGACGAUGACGAUGAGGAUAGCGAGUCGGAUGGAGACAGUACAGGAAAGACCGCGAGCAAAUCGACCACAAAAGGCAGCGGGGGAGGGGGAGGAGGUUCGGGAGACAAAAAGUCGACAUCAAAGAGCAGUAGCAACAACAACAGUUCCAAAAACUCGGGACCGGGCCAGACCCGUCGGCCUCGUAUAUCGGUCAGCUUUUCGGGAUUGCUCAACGCGAUUGAUGGAGUUGCAAGCCACGAAGGACGUAUACUCAUAAUGACCACUAAUCACCGCGAACGUUUGGACUCUGCACUCAUUCGCCCUGGCAGGGUCGAUAUCCAGGUCGAGUUUGGAUACGCGGCGAAGGAAACCCUUUCCGAGAUCUUCCGCGAGCUCUACAAGGAGAUUGGCGGGCGAAGCAGUAUUAGCCUUGCUAGUGGUGGCAAGCUCUUCGACAAGAAGGAGAAACAGAGGCCGGAAUCUGCGGAGAAGGAGCGGGUACGCCAGCUAGCAGACACAUUUUCCGAGCGGAUUCCAGCCAACAGGUUCACACCGGCAGAGAUACAGGGUUAUCUGAUGUCUUACAAGGGACAACCCGAGAAGGCCAUGGAUAAUAUCGACGACUGGGUUCUGGAAAAGACCAAAGUGGAGAGGGAAAAGAAGGCAAAGGCCGAGAGAAGGAAGAGGAAGGAGCAGAAGAUUACGGCCGCCGAACUCGACAAGGAAGCUGCAACCCAAUUCAACACGAACGGCUUCACCGGCGGUGGCGCUAAACCGCCCCCCGAUGCUACCUCGCCUGCUCAGGACGCGUUGACUCACAGUCUCGCAACCAUCGCCAGCAGUGAAAACCUACAGCCAAUCUUGCAAGCCCUACUUCAACUGGUUGCGCAGAGCCCUGUGCAGAACUCUACGAACAACCCAACGGUUCCCCCGGCCAGUACGACUACGCCUUUGCACGGUGGACGCACUAACGAAGUGGCAACCAGUCGCAGCUCCACUAAUGCGGUGGACGAUUACACAGACGACCACACAUACAAACCUACAUCCAACCUAUCGAAGGAUGAAGAGUGGGAGAGGAUCUCCAACGGCACCAAUGGGGUUGACAAGAAGACGGACGCGAAAAUGACCAACGGUGUGCAUAAAACCAACGGGGUCAGCAAAACCAAUGGUGUCGGCAAUCGCGAUCUGUACGUUCGAGCGGGUUGAGGAUUUCAGCGUGCGUCACGGGACGUUGCAUUUGCACAGCGAUAAAGGAUGCGGCGACAACAACAAAUUGUGCAUGUGGUGGUACGGAAUUUUCUUUCGGGCGGAUGCGUACGGGAGGCGUUAUUUUUUUGUGGCUAUAGUGAGUUCGGGGAAAAGGGAGGGAGGGAGGGAGUUGAGUUUGAUGUGUUG